AUGAAAGUCGCAGCCAUACUGCUGGUCUGCGCAAUAGCUCAUGCACAAAAUAUAGACCUGAAUGACAAUGGAUGUCCGAUUGACCCGAGUAUUGAAAAACUUUACCCACAUGAACAUUGUGAUAAAUUUUAUCAAUGUACACAUGGAGAAUUAGUCUUACAUAACUGCACAUCCAAUCUCUUAUUUAAUGUUGACAAACAAGAAUGUGAUUGGCCCGAAGAUGUCGACUGUGGUAACAGGACUAUUCCUGAACCUUGUGAAAAUGAGAAUGACAAUACCAGUAACGAAAAUGAGAGCAGUGAAAGCGAAAAUGAAUGUAACUGCAACCCCCAAGAAGCCCCAUCAAUCUGUGCUAAGGAUGGAUCAGAUGGAACGCUAAUUGCCCAUGAAAACUGCAACCAAUUUUACAAGUGCUUCAACGGAAAGCAUGUCGCCUUGUCGUGCCCCGGAACACUCCUGUACGAUGCAUAUAAAAAACAAUGUGACUGGCCUGAAAAUGUAGAAUGCGGUGACAGGAUCAUCCCUGAACCGUGCGAAAACGACAAUGAUAAUACCAGUACGGAAAAUGGCGGCAAUAGUAGUGAAACCGAUAACGAUAACGGAAAUAAUAAUAGAACAUGCAAUUGCAAUCCUCAAGAGGCCCCCUCAAUCUGUACUAAGGAUGGAUCAGAUGGAACGCUGAUUGCACAUGAAAACUGCAACCAAUUUUACAAGUGCUACAAUGGAAAGCCCGUGGCCAUGAAUUGUCCUGGAGAACUCCUGUACGAUCCAUAUAAAGAACAAUGUGACUGGCCUGAAAAUGUAGAAUGUGGCGACAGGAUCAUUCCUGAACCGUGCGAAAACGAAAAUGACAAUAAUAAUACAGAAAAUGGCAGCAAUAGUAGUGAAACCAAUAACGAUAAUGGAAGUAAUAACAGAACAUGCAAUUGUAAUCCUCAAGAGGCCCCCUCAAUCUGUACUAAGGAUGGAUCAGAUGGAACGCUUAUUGCACAUGAAAACUGCAACCAAUUUUACAAGUGCUACAAUGGAAAGCCCGUGGCCAUGAAUUGUCCUGGAGAACUCCUGUACGAUCCAUAUAAAGAACAAUGUGACUGGCCUGAAAAUGUAGAAUGUGGCGACAGGAUCAUUCCUGAACCGUGCGAAAACGAAAAUGACAAUAAUAAUACAGAAAAUGGCAGCAAUAGUAGUGAAACCGAUAACGAUAAUGGAAAUAAUAAUAGACCAUGCAAUUGUAAUCCUCAAGAGGCCCCCUCAAUCUGUGCUAAGGAUGGAUCAGACGGAACGCUGAUUGCACAUGAAAACUGCAACCAAUUUUACAAGUGCUACAAUGGAAAGCCCGUGGCCAUGAAUUGUCCUGGAGAACUCCUGUAUAAUUCAUAUACAGAACAAUGUGACUGGCCUGAAAAUGUAGAAUGUGGCGACAGGAUCAUUCCUGAACCGUGCGAAAACGAAAAUGACAAUAAUAAUACAGAAAAUGGCAGCAAUAGUAGUGAAACCGAUAACGAUAAUGGAAGUAAUAACAGAACAUGCAAUUGUAAUCCUCAAGAGGCCCCCUCAAUCUGUGCUAAGGAUGGAUCAGACGGAACGCUGAUUGCACAUGAAAACUGCAACCAAUUUUACAAGUGCUACAAUGGACAGCCCGUGGCCAUGAAUUGUCCUGGAGAACUCCUGUACAAUUCAUAUAAAGAACAAUGUGACUGGCCUGAAAAUGUAGAAUGCGGCGACAGGAUCAUUCCUGAACCGUGUGAAAACGAAAAUGACAAUAAUAAUACGGAAAAUGGCAGCAAUAGUAGUGAAACCGAUAACGAUAAUGGAAAUAAUAAUAGAACAUGCAAUUGUAAUCCUCAAGAGGCCCCCUCAAUAUGUGCUAAGGAUGGAUCAGACGGAACGCUGAUUGCACAUGAAAACUGCAACCAAUUUUACAAAUGCUACAAUGGACAGCCCGUGGCCAUGAAAUGUCCUGGAGUACUCCUGUAUAAUUCAUAUACAGAACAAUGUGACUGGCCUGAAAAUGUAGAAUGCGGCGACAGGAUCAUUCCUGACCCGAGCGAAAACGACAAUGACAAUGAUAGUACGGAAAAUGGCGGCAAUAGUAGUGAAACCGAUAACGAUAAUGGAAACAAUAAUAGAACAUGCAAUUGCAAUCCUCAAGAGGCCCCCUCAAUCUGUGCUAAGGAUGGAUCAGACGGAACGCUGAUUGCACAUGAAAACUGCAACCAAUUUUACAAGUGCUACAAUGGAAAGCCCGUGGCCAUGAAUUGUCCUGGAGAACUCCUGUACGAUCCAUAUAAAGAACAAUGUGACUGGCCUGAAAAUGUAGAAUGUGGCGACAGGAUCAUUCCUGAACCGUGCGAAAACGAAAAUGACAAUAAUAAUACAGAAAAUGGCAGCAAUAGUAGUGAAACCGAUAACGAUAAUGGAAGUAAUAACAGAACAUGCAAUUGUAAUCCUCAAGAGGCCCCCUCAAUCUGUGCUAAGGAUGGAUCAGACGGAACGCUGAUUGCACAUGAAAACUGCAACCAAUUUUACAAGUGCUACAAUGGAAAGCCUGUGGCCAUGAAUUGUCCUGGAGAACUCCUGUAUAAUUCAUAUACAGAACAAUGUGACUGGCCUGAAAAUGUAGAAUGUGGCGACAGGAUCAUUCCUGAACCGUGCGAAAACGAAAAUGACAAUAAUAAUACAGAAAAUGGCAGCAAUAGUAGUGAAACCGAUAACGAUAAUGGAAAUAAUAAUAGACCAUGCAAUUGUAAUCCUCAAGAGGCCCCCUCAAUCUGUACUAAGGAUGGAUCAGAUGGAACGCUUAUUGCACAUGAAAACUGCAACCAAUUUUACAAGUGCUACAAUGGAAAGCCCGUGGCCAUGAAUUGUCCUGGAGAACUCCUGUACGAUCCAUAUAAAGAACAAUGUGACUGGCCUGAAAAUGUAGAAUGUGGCGACAGGAUCAUUCCUGAACCGUGCGAAAACGAAAAUGACAAUAAUAAUACAGAAAAUGGCAGCAAUAGUAGUGAAACCGAUAACGAUAAUGGAAAUAAUAAUAGACCAUGCAAUUGUAAUCCUCAAGAGGCCCCCUCAAUCUGUGCUAAGGAUGGAUCAGACGGAACGCUGAUUGCACAUGAAAACUGCAACCAAUUUUACAAGUGCUACAAUGGACAGCCCGUGGCCAUGAAUUGUCCUGGAGAACUCCUGUACAAUUCAUAUACAGAACAAUGUGACUGGCCUGAAAAUGUAGAAUGUGGCGACAGGAUCAUUCCUGAACCGUGCGAAAACGAAAAUGACAAUAAUAAUACGGAAAAUGGCAGCAAUAGUAGUGAAACCGAUAACGAUAAUGGAAAUAAUAACAGAACAUGCAAUUGUAAUCCUCAAGAGGCCCCCUCAAUCUGUGCUAAGGAUGGAUCAGAUGGAACGCUGAUUGCACAUGAAAACUGCAACCAAUUUUACAAAUGCUACAAUGGAAAGCCCGUGGCCAUGAAAUGUCCUGGAGUACUCCUGUAUAAUUCAUAUAAAGAACAAUGUGACUGGCCUGAAAAUGUAGAAUGCGGUGACAGGAUCAUUCCUGGCCCGGGCGAAAAUGACAUUGACAAUAAUAGUACGGAAAAUGGCGGUAGCAGUAGUGAAACCGAUAACGACAAUGGAAAUAAUAACAGAACAUGCAAUUGCAAUCCUCAAGAGGCCCCCUCAAUCUGUGCUAAGGAUGGAUCAGAUGGAACACUGAUUGCACAUGAAAAUUGCAAUCAAUUUUACAAGUGCUACAAUGGAAAUCCCGUGGCCAUGAAUUGUCCUGGAGAACUCCUGUACGAUCCAUAUAAAGAACAAUGUGACUGGCCUGAAAAUGUAGAAUGCGGUGACAGGAUCAUUUCUGGCCCGGGCGAAAAUGACAAUGACAAUAAUAGUACGGAAAAUGGUGGCAACAGUAGUGAAACCGAUAACGAUAAUGGAAAUAAUAAUAGAACAUGCAAUUGCAACCCUCAAGAAGCGCCCUCAAUCUGUGCUAAGGAUGGAUCAGAAGGAACGCUGAUUGCACAUGAAAACUGCAACCAAUUUUACAAGUGCUUCAAUGGAAAGCCCGUCGCCAUGAAUUGUCCUGGAGAACUCCUGUAUAAUUCAUACACAGAACAAUGUGACUGGCCUGAAAAUGUAGAAUGUGGCGACAGGAUCAUUCCUGAACCGUGCGAAAACGAAAAUGACAAUAAUAAUACGGAAAAUGGCAGCAAUAGUAGUGAAACCGAUAACGAUAAUGGAAAUAAUAACAGAACAUGCAAUUGUAAUCCUCAAGAGGCCCCCUCAAUCUGUGCUAAGGAUGGAUCAGACGGAACGCUGAUUGCACAUGAAAACUGCAACCAAUUUUACAAGUGCUAUAAUGGAAAGCCCGUAGCCAUGAAUUGUCCUGGAGAACUCCUGUACGAUCCAUAUAAAGAACAAUGUGACUGGCCUGAAAAUGUAGAAUGCGGUGACAGGAUCAUUCCUGAACCCUGUGAAAAUGAGAGUGAUAAUAACGGUACAGAAAAUGGCGGCAGUGGUGGUGAUAGUGAGAAUGGAAAUGGCACAUGCAAUUGCAAUCCCCAAGAAGCCCCCUCAAUCUGUGCUAGAGAUGGAACCAAUGGAGAUCUAGUAGCUCAUGAAAACUGCAACCAAUUUUACAUGUGCUUUAAUGGAAAACCGCAUUCUAUGACAUGUCCUGGAGAACUCCUGUACAACGCACAUGAAAAACAAUGUGAUUGGCCUGAAAAAGUAGCAUGUGGCGACAGAAUCAUUCCUGAACCCAGUGAAAAUGAAAACAACAGUACGGAAAACGGCGGUAAUAGUGGCGAGAGUGAAAACGAUAAUAAUAAUGGCACGUGCAAUUGCAAUCCUCAAGAAGCUCCUUUGAUUUGUGAGAAAGAUCAAUCUAAUGGAGAACUAGUGGCGCACGAAAAUUGUAACCAAUUUUAUCAAUGUUUUAAUAGACAACCUAUGCCUAUGAAGUGUCCUGGAAUACUUCUAUACAAUCCUUAUAAACAACAAUGUGACUGGCCUGAAAACGUACAUUGUGGUGAUAGAGUCAUUACACCUCCAAGCGAAAAUGAUAACAGUGACAGUAAUGAAGAAGAUAUUUCUACGGAAAUUGAUAUAAACAAUAAUAGAACUUGUAACUGUGAUCCAAAUCAAGCUGAAUCUAUUUGUAAAAAAGAUAAUUCAGAUAGCACUCUAAUAGCUCAUGAAACCUGCAACAAAUUCUAUGUAUGCAACUUUGGUAUGCCAGUUGCUAUGAAAUGUGGAAAUAAUCUUUUAUAUAAUCCUUACAAAGAAAUAUGUGAUUGGCCCGAGAAUGUAGAUUGUGGUAACAGAGUAAGACUAGAAUCUGAUGAUAAUGAAGGUGGUUGUAAUUGCAUCCCUACACAAGCACCAUUAAUUUGUGCUCGUGAAGGAUCUGAUAAUACUGUGAUUGCCCAUGAAAAUUGUAACCAAUAUUAUCUGUGUUCAAAUGGAAAGCCAAUCGCUUUCACUUGUUUCUCUUCUCUGCUUUACAAUCCAUAUAAACAACAGUGUGACUGGCCUGAAAAUGUUAACUGUGGUUACAGAUUGCAU